AUGAAUGCAACGGAGGCAUUUGCUCGCCCGAAACGACAUUCAUGCUUCAUGCUCGCCCGCGGCCGCGAUGAUGCGGUGCUUCCAUCAUCGGGCUUUCUCGAAUCGAACCGAACCGAACCCGCAGCCAUCAGCUGCGCCGUUGUCAAUCGCAGGACCAAGCCAAAGCCAAGCUCGACACCCACGCACGCCCAGACCAGGACCAGCUCGCCAAGACGUCGGCGAGAAUGGACUACUGCCGCUCCAUUCCCGCCAAGACGCAGCCCAUUGGCGGGCGCCGCAAGCCACAGGGCAGUGCAUCUUUUGGGCUGUUGCCACUUUCGGUGCGGAGAAGUAAGCUUGUUUUUCGGGCCAAGAAGCCACGCGCCCGGCCCCAGAGUCCCAUGUCGCUUCCGGCUCCCGUUUGCUGUUGCGUUGUGCCAGGAGGUCGACGACAGACCGACGACAACAGCAGCAGCAGGGGAGACGUUGCGGCGGCCAAAUGAGCCAAGAACCAGCGUCGCUCACGACAACGACGUUGCGUCUGCCGAAACCUUGGGAGCGGCGCGUCCAAACCUUGAUUUGACUCAAUCGCCUGCUGCCGACUGGGACACCGAUGCCUUUACUCCCUCGCUCCCCGUGAUCCCCGGGGCUUGA